CUCUCUCUCACCUGACUCAGCAUGUCAGUGGACGGGUCCUGCGGCCUGCCAGUUAGAUCCGUUCCUGUGACGUGAUUGGUCCCUCUGCGGUGUGGGCGGGGCCUGCGGAGCCACAUGGAGUCUGCUGGGCGUCUCAGUGCCCCAGUGUGAGCCAUCCUCCGGCGCAUCAUCAUCACCAACAUCAUCUGCACGGAGAACAUAGUGAGAAUAUAAAUUUUAGCCUCAGCUCAGCUGAUGUCACUACCUUUUCACAGCUAUUCUUUCACUUGUGCGCAGAAGUGUUUUUGAUUGGAGGAUUAAUGGACUGGAGAGGAGCCUCGGCUUCAUGUGGUGACUGAUAUUUUAUGUUUUUGGACUUUGAACACUUCACAACGAGGAUUUGGGAGUUCAGUGCACGUCAUUCUAAGUUAUUUGUGAAACCUUUGCUCUUAGUCUGUUUGUGUUUACGUGUGAGGACAUUUUGAAUCGGAUCCUCACUGGCACAUCCCGGAUCUCUGGCGGACACUUUGCUGUCUUCUCCAGCUGAAACGGCUUUGAUGGAAACAUGACCAAAGCUGCAACCGGAGCGGUUCUCCUGCACAGCCUCCUCUUCCACCUGCUCCCGCUGCUGCAGCUGCUGCUUCACGCCUCGCCGGUGUGUCUGUCCGCGCAGCCCGGACAUCCAGUGCGCUACUUCGGACAGAUAGCUGAGAACUCCCCGGCCGGGACGCCGGUGGACGGGGUGCUGCUGCCGCUCGCAGCCGACGGCUGCCCCGGCACGGACCUGACGGUCAGCCUGAAGGGGAAUUACGCGUCAGAUUUUAGGCUCGUUCACCACCACGGGCACCGGGACCCCCUCGGGCAUCUGGGUUUGGUCUCCGCCAAAGCUCUGGACCGGGAGUUCAUAGCGAUGUACGAGCUGACAGUGGAGCUGCCGCCGCGGUGUCUGAGGAGACCGGCCGUCGUCCAGGUCGAAGUGUCGGACAGGAACGACAACAUGCCCCGGUUCACCUGCGGGAACCAGACGGUCGAAGUGGACGAGCUGACGCCGCUCGGUACCGAGUUGGCCCGCUUUAAUGCGAAGGACGGCGACGCGGAGAGGAACGGACGCGUCACUUUUUACGCGUCACCAGAAUCUCACCUUCUUCACGUGGUUCCACACACCGGGCAGGUGAGACUCGUCGGGUCCCUGCUGGGUGUCAGCGAGGUGACCCUGCGCCUUUUCGUGAAGGACGGCGGAGACGUGGCGCUGAUGGGUGAACCGGCAUUCCUGCACAUCAACAUCCGCCGCUCCCGCAGAGCGCGGCGCGGACCCCGGGCUCUGUCCGAGGAGCUGACCUACACCGUGACCGUGCCGGAGCACGUCGGACUCGGGGACCUGGUGUUCACGGUGCCGGACCAGAGGUUCGAGCAGCGGUGGUUCGGGUUGGUAUCGGAGGCCGACUCGCCGGUCCAGAUCGAGCGGGACUCUGGUCGUUUGUACCUGGCGCGCAGCCUGAGGGAGCCCGCCGAGGUGGUGGUGAAGAUCCAGAACCUCCGAGGUGAUGAGUGGUACCUGUGCAGGUUGACUCUGACCACGCCCAGCCAGGCUGACCUGCAGUGGACCAUGUUUCCUUCGCCUUACCUGGCCGCCGUGGGCCCUGACGCCACGCCCGGCUCUGUGGUGUACCGGCUGUCGGCACGGCAACGAGAUGGGACGCCUGGACAAGCCCAGUUCCUCCUACUGGACGGAGGGCACGACUGCUUCGAUGUGGACCGUCGCUCCGGCGAGAUCAGGACCACAGGACGACCUCUGACCCCCAGUAAGGAGUACCUUCUGCGGGUGCAGGCCACGGACGGGCGCGGUCACAAAGGUCCUCCGGCUACGGUAGCCGUCCUGGCCGGCUACCGGCCGCCGCAAUUCACCAGCUCCACCUACAGCCUGAACGUACCUGAGAACAAACCCGUCGGCCAACCUGUGGCGGGGGUUCAGGCCGUCUCCUUCCAGAAGAAGAGCCUGUCCUACAUGCUGCUGGUGAAUCCCGGGAAUCUGUUCAGCAUCAACCAGGAGAGCGGAGCGCUCAGCCUCACCAGGAACGUCGACUACGAGAGCGGACACAACCUGCACACCCUGCAGGUCCGCGCCUCCGAACCGGACACCGGCCUCAGCGGCGUGGCAGAGGUUGUCGUCCACAUCACAGACGAAAACGACUGCACGCCGGAGUUCCUCCACUCCAUCUACACCAGAGACAACAUACCUGAGAGCAUCGCACCUGGCACCUCCCUGCUGCAAGUUCUGGCUCGGGACUGUGACUCGGGUGUGAACUCGGAGCUCUCUUACUUUGUUCACGGCGCUGACUUUGACAUCACAUCAGGGGGCGUGGUCAGCCCCGCCCGUCGCCUGGACUAUGAGCGACCCAAUCACAUCUACGAGUUUGUGGUGGUUGCCGUGGAUGCAGGGACGCCCCCCCGGACCGGCACCGCCUCAGUCCGCAUCCGAGUGGCCAAUAGCAACGACGAGGCACCCGUCUUCUCGCAGAGCAUUUAUAAGACCUUCCUCAGCGAGGAUGCUGGUCCGGACACGCUGGUCGCCAUCGUUCACGCCAACGACCCGGACGGAGACGCCGUCUCCUACGCCAUCACCGGCGGCAAUGAGGACAGCAACUUCCUGCUGGACAACCAGAAGGGCAUCAUCAAGCUGCGGCGUAGUCCGCCACCCAGGCUCCGGGGACCGCAGUACGUUCUCAACAUCACCGCCACAGACGAUAACGCGUCCGGUGGUCCGUACCCGCUCAGCAGCUCUGCCCAGGUCAUCGUAGGGAUCAACGACAUUAACAACAACAAACCGGUCUUCCAGGAGUGUCAGAACUACAGUCUGAACGCGGUGGUCCUGGAGAACCAGCCGCCGGGGACGUUCGUCCUGCGCGUCCAGGCCCAGGACGCCGACAUGGGCGUCAACGGAGAGGUCAGAUACGGCAUCAUGCACAGGGACGGAGUGUCGUCCGGCUUUGACAUCGACCCUGACACCGGUGUGAUCACCACGACGACGAGCUUCGACCGGGAGCGUCACAGGGAGUUCACGCUGUCAGUGACGGCCACAGAUCAGGCCGACGAGCCCCUCAUCGGCAUCUGCCCCAUCGCCGUCCUCAUCGCAGACCAGAACGACAACGACCCCAAGUUUGAGAACAGCCGCUACCAGUACUUCCUGCGGGAGGACACUCCAGUAGGAACAAGUUUCCUGCGGGCGGCGGCACACGAUGACGACCAGGGGACUAACGCGGCCAUCACCUACUCCCUGUCCAAUCAGAAGCCAGCUUACCUGCACAUCAACCCCAGUACUGGCUGGAUUUACGUCAACCAUCCCAUCUCACAGACGUCCAGGAUCAACCGGCAGAUUGUUGCGUCGGAUGGGGGGAACCGCAGCAGCUCUGUGGAGCUGACCGUCAUCAUUACAAACGUCCACAACCAGCCGCCGCUCUGGGAGCAGCCGGAGUACUGGGUCACCGUGCCAGAAAACACCGUCCGAGACGCCAAGAUAGUGACCAUCAAGGCGACGUCUCCGCUCGGUGACCCCCGGGUGACCUACAACCUGGAGGAGGGUCAGGUGCCGGAGACCAACAUGCCGGUGCGCUUCUACAUCAAGCCGAACCGGGCGGACGGCUCGGCGUCCAUCCUGGUGGCCGAGAACCUCGACUACGAGACGACUCGCUUCUUCACGCUCAGAGUGCGAGUCCAGAACGUCGCCGCCGUGCCGCUCGCGUCCUUCACCACCGUCUACGUCAACGUGACAGACGUGAACGACAACGUCCCCUUCUUCCUGUCGUCCACCUACGAGGCCACGGUGCCCGAGGGAGCAGGGGUCGGCACGUCGGUGGCUCAGGUGUCGGCCACUGACUUGGACUCUGGUCUGCACGGGAUGAUCCACUACGUGAUCCUGAAGGAUGAGAGUGGCGACUCUCAGUUCUUCAGCAUUGACCCACGCAGCGGCGUCAUCGCCACCCGAGCCUCCUUUGACCGCGAGCAGAAAGCCUCCUACCUGAUCGAGGUCCAGUCGCAGGACGGCUCAGAGUCGGCCAGACCGGGCCAGCAGGGACAGCCCAACACAGACACGGCCUACGUCAGGAUCUUCGUCACCGACGUGAACGACAACGCGCCCGCCUUCGCCCAGCCGCUGUACGAGGUGAGCGUGGAGGAAGACAAGGAGGUCGGCUUCGUCGUCAUCACCGUCACCGCCAACGAUGAAGACGAAGGUGCCAACGCCAAGCUGCGCUACCAGAUCACCUCAGGAAACAUCAUGGGAACCUUCGACGUGGAGCCCGAGGUGGGCACCAUCUUCGUGGCCCAGCCGCUGGACUACGAGAUGGAGCAGCACUACGAGCUCCGGCUGGUCGCCUCGGACGGGAAGUGGGAGAACGAGACGCUGGUGGUGGUUCGGGUGGUCAAUCGCAACGACGAGGCGCCCGUCUUCAGCCAGACCGAGUACCACGCCGCUGUGACGGAGGAGCUCACCCAGCUGCCCGUUUUCAUCCUGGAGGUGUCAGCCACAGAUCCAGACCAGGAGGCUGAUCAGACCGCCCUACGUUACUCGCUCCAUGGCCAGGGUGCCGGUGGUGAGUUCACCAUUGAUGAGCGCACGGGAAGAAUCUACGCCAAACGGCGCCUGGAUCGCGAGGAGCGCCCAGCCUGGAGAUUCCUUGUCCUUGCCACAGACGAAGGAGGUACAGGACUCACAGGGUUCGCUGAUGUGCUCUUAGAGGUCCGAGAUGUCAACGACAACGCCCCCUUCUUCCCAUGCCCGGUACUGGAAGGGGAUGGAUGUUUUGUUGGCCAAGUGCCUGAGAAUUCACCUGCCGACACUUCUGUCAUGGAGAUGCGUGCCAUGGACCUGGAUGACCCCAAUGAGGGCAAGAACGCCAUGCUGACCUACAGCAUCAUCAAGAAUGUGCGCAAUGAGAUUAACCUCAACCUGUUCUCCAUUAACGCCAGCACAGGGACCAUCUACACGGUUCUGCGUUCUCUGGACCGGGAGGUGGAGGAGCGGUAUCUGGUGGUGGUGGAGGCCAGGGACGGAGGGGGCUUGGCGGGAACAGGGACAGCUACUAUCAUGGUGUCAGACGUCAAUGAUCACCCACCUGUCUUCACUCAGAGGCUCUACACUACUCAGGUGACAGAGGACCUGGAGGUGAACAGCGAGGUUCUUGUAGUUUCUGCCACAGAUGGAGAUGAGGGCGAGAACGCUGUAGUAACCUUCAGCAUUGUUGGCGGUGAUGAGGACAGGAAGUUCUUCGUGGAGACAGAUAAAGUGAACCGACGCGGCGUGAUAAAACUUAAGAAAAGAGUUGACUUCGAGAAGCCCCACGAGAGGACUUUCAAUUUGACUCUGAAGGCUGAAGACGCUGAUUUCUUCAGCCUGGCCUACUGUCUAGUUCAGGUGGAAGACGCCAAUGAUCAUGCCCCAGUGUUCUUCCCACAAUUCUAUGAGUCACCAGCCAUGUCUGAAGACGUACCUGUGGGGACAAUUGUUGCUCAGAUUACAGCCUCUGAUCUCGACUCGGGCCAAAAUGGACGUUUUUCUUACAGUAUUUCAAAGGAGUCGGACCCCUACAGUCAGUUUCUGGUGGACCAGUCUGGUUGGGUGGUAGUAGCCGAUUCUUUGGACAGAGAAAAAAUUUCCCAGCACAGGAUCAUGGUCCUCGCCACAGAUGCCGGGAGUCCAUCACUGACUGGCACCGCCAUAGUCAUGGUAACCAUACUUGACAUUAAUGACAACGGGCCAGAGUUCGAGGUCCCCUAUAAGCCUGUCGUUUGGGAGAACACGCCGGCACCCCAGGCUGUUCAAAUGAACGAAACCUCCCUCCUCCUCCAUGCCACGGACCGGGACACCUCCACUAAUGGUGGACCAUUCUCCAUAAGGCUCCUCAUGCUCACCUCAGACGCCACCAACUUUAAUUUGACUGACUUUCGAAAUGGCAGCGCAGCCAUCACCGCCCUGCGGACCUUCGACCGUGAGCGGCAGAAGGAGUACCACCUCCCAAUUCUCAUGAUUGACAGCGGCUCUCCUCCAAUGAGCUCCACCAGCACACUGACAGUCAUCAUUGGUGACAGGAAUGACCACCCUCACUCACCGGGACACACCAACUUCAUUGUCUACAGUUAUGAAGGUAUUCUCCCGACGACGGUGCUCGGGCGAGUUCAAUCCCCUGACCUUGAUGACUGGAGUGAGAAGGUGUACCGGUUCGAAGGCAAACCGUCCAGGUUGUUCAGUCUGAACCAGAGCUCAGGGCAGCUCAGUAUCAGGGAAGGGGCUCCACCGGGCUCGUACCGUCUGCAGGUGCGCGUGUCGGACCACACCUGGCCCGACGUCACCUCCACAGCUCAGGUGGACGUCAGGGAGCUGCAUCAGGACGCUCUGAAAAACGCUGCCUCCGUCCGCUUCACCAAUCUGACAGUGGAGGAGUUUUUUAGCAGUAGUGGAGGUGAGGAGAGUCGGUUCUCCCUUCUGGGGCGAAUGUUGGCCGAACUCCUGCAGACGUCGCCGGAAAACGUCCAGAUCUUCUCUGUGGGCGACGCUGGCCAUCGGGGGGAGAAGAUCCUCAACGUGUGGUUUGCCGCUCACGGCUCGCCGUACUACAAGGCGGAGAAGCUGCACGGCUACGUGGCGGCAAACAAAGCCAAGGUGGAGGCCAUGUUGGGCGUGUCCAUCUCUCAGGUGGGCGUGGACGACUGUCCCUACACAGACUGCAGUCAGUCCGCAGGCUGCAGCAGCGACGUCUCGUUCAGUCAGACCCCGGCGGCUCUCAGCACAGGAAACACGUCUCUGGUGUCGCUGUCAGCCUCGGUGACAGCACGAUGUGGCUGCCGGGCCCGAGAGGCCGUCCACCUGCCCUGCUCCGCGUACCCCACCAACCCCUGCCUCAACGGCGGCGCCUGCCAGGACGGACCGCUGGGCUACAGGUGUAAGUGUCCUCCCAUGUUUGACGGGCCCGAGUGCCAGCAGACCAAACACAGCUUCGGCGGUCAGGGCUAUGCCUGGUUCCCUCCCAUCAUGCCUUGCUUCCAGAGCCACAUCUCCCUGGAGUUCCUGGCCGAGUCGGCAAGCGGGCUGCUCCUCUACAACGGGCCUCUGGGCGCCGCCCCUCCUGGGGACCAGGAGGACUUCAUCGCCGUCGAGCUGAGGAACGGGGUUCCAGCGCUGAGCAUAAAUCACGGAUCAGGAACGCUGACGCUGCAGCUCCCGCCCAAGGCCACCGUCACCGACCGGCGCUGGCAUCGCCUCGACAUCAUCAGCGACGGGAAGGCUGUGCAGCUGAUCCUGGACCAGUGUGGGGGGGUGGCGGUGAACGAGUUGGAGGGUGUCGGGGGGGACGUUCGGGAGAUGGACGAGUCCGGCUGCAGAGCUGCAGGAGAGACGCCAGGAAACCAGAGGUAUCUGAAUGUCUUCCAGCCUCUUCAGUUGGGAGGAGUGAAGGAAACGCCUCCUCAUCGACGCUAUCGUAGUUUUACCGGCUGCAUCCGUAACCUGGUGGUGGACAGUCAGGUGUUCGACCUGGCGUCUCCAGGUGAGAGCGUGGACAGCGCUCCUGGCUGCAGGCUGACAGACGGGGUGUGCGUGACGGCAGCUGGUCCUUCCUGUGGCGUCCAGGCCUCCUGCCUCGCUGACUGGGGCUCGUUCAGCUGCGAGUGCCACCCAGGAUACACGGGACACAAGUGUGACGGGGCCGUCCCGGAGUUCUCCUUCGACUCGGGCAGCGUCGUACGUUAUCAGCUCAGAGGAGGCGGCAGCUCUCGCCGCACAAACAUCCAGCUGCUCCUCCGAACCAGAAACACCUCAGGCACCCUGCUCGCCGUGACGUCCCGGGAGGCCAGCGAGUACAUCAUCCUGGAGGUCAUGGAGGGCCACCUCUCUGUUCGUGCUAACCUUGGCGAUGGCGCCCACGGCCUGCAGCUCCGUGGCCAGCGGGUGGACAUCGGGCAGUGGGUCCUGGUCAGCCUCAGUCGCCAUGACAACCUCUUUAUCCUGCGGCUGGAGCAGGGCGGAGGCUCGAGGGAGGUCCAGGCCCGGCUGGGGAGCCGCAGGGAGAUCGUGGUUCAUCCGGCCAGCUUGAUGCUCGCCAACAGCCCGGACGCCGAAGGGGCCGACUUUCAGGGUUGUCUGCAGGACGUCCGUUUUAACGGUCAGGUCCUGCCUCUGGACGGGCUGAGCCGGGGCCAGGUGACGGUCCUGGAGAGGCGGGGCGUCUCCUCCGGGUGCUCCAGCGAUGCCUGUAGCAGCCAACCGUGUCACAGCCCGCUGCGCUGCGUCGACCUGUGGAGGAAACACCAGUGCAGGUGUCCCGGCAGUCAGGUGACGGUGACAGACGACUCAGGUCAGCAGCGUUGUGUGCCGUCGCCCUGCGGAUCUACUUCCUGUCGUAACGGUGGAAUCUGCCAGGCGCUGUCGCCCGACAGCUACCGGUGCCGGUGCCAGGAGGGGUUCAGGGGUCAGCGCUGCGAGCUGGGGCAGGUCAAAGGUCACCGGCUGGCCGCCCUCAGCCCCAGCUCCAUCCUGGCCAUCAGCAUGUGUCUGCUCGUCUUCUUCGCGGUGCUGGUGGCAGUGACUGUGUGGAACCAGAAAGGCAGCCGCAACAAGUUCAGGAAGCGAGGAGUUUACCACAUCCCUGCUGAACACGAGAGCUGGGAGGACAUCCGAGAAAACAUCCUGAACUACAACGAGGAGGGAGGAGGAGAGCAGGACCAGAACGGAUAUGACAUCACAGAGUUGAAGCGUCCGCUGUGUUCCAGUUUGUCCCAGUCCUCGUCCUGCACCACCGCCCCGCUCAUUAAAUCCUCUCCAGGCUCCCAGGAGGAAGUCCACCCGUCCGGCUCCUCCUGCAGCUCAGGCGCCCCCUACCUGAGCAUCCCACACCACCACCACCUCCAUCAUCAGCACGCCACCACCAACAGCUGCUCCAGUGACGUAGCCUUUGCUAACAACGCUGCUCAUGUGAGCAGGGACGCCGACACAAGCAACGGAGGGGCUUAUGUGGACCCCCCGUCGGGGUCGCGCUCCCACGUGGACUUUAAAAGCUACGUGUCGCGAAUCAUCUGGGAGGCGGACAACGACUGCGACGCGUUCCCGACGGAUGCGUACCACGUCUGGUGCGUGGAGGGCUCGGGGUCGUCGGCAGGAAGCCUCAGCUCACUGGGGUCAGCUGUGUCACGGAGCAACAUUAGCCGCGGCAACGAGGAGGAGGAGGAGGAUGACGAAGGGGCGUUUGUUUACGACACGCUGUCGCAGUGGGGCCCCAAGUUCCAGGCUCUGAGCGAGAUGUACGACCGGCCCCAGCUGGUCCUCACAUACAGGGACGCAGUGGCCUACAUGCAGAGGAGCCACAGCCACGACCUCCUGCCUCAUCACCACUAGGGGGCAGCACAGAGCAGCAUCCACACAAACGUCCUGCAAGGGCACUGAGUGCUGCAUUCAUGUCCCGUCUGAAACAACCCAAACCCAGACAACCUGUAAGGAGGCGUUCAAAUCACAGUCCUGAUGCUCAGUUAAAAGGCUGUGCUUGACUUAUCGAAUUGUCUCACUGACAAAACCACAUUUAUUCCAAAGAGGGUCUGCAGCAAAAGUGACCUGUUGGUGCCCAUUUGUUUCAGCACGCUGAUAUCCUUUUGUGUUCACAGAAACCUGUUUUUAAAGACAGAAGAAGUGGGUUUCAGUUUCUCCUUAUUUUGAAAUUAUGAAGGAAUAAAAUGUAAUUUAAAUGAAAGAAAGACCUUCUGGUGAAAAUAAGAGAUUAAUGGAUAGCACACUGCAAAGCCCCGAGACCCGCAUGACUUUGUACGAAUCCUCAGAGCGCUGACUUUAUCACUGGGCUGCAUGAAACACUGGCUUCAACAGAGGAAUCAUCAGGACCGGACGAGUUUAAUAUGUCACCUUUAAAGUCAGUUAAAACAAAACAGAAACUCUUCUGACUGACGUGAACGCAGCAGCUCCGUUCCCCCGUGUGGAUCCACAGUGGAAGUAAAAUGGCGAGACUUUUCAGGGCCGGAGGUUCAUCAUAGGAUCCUGAUGUUCCUUCAUGUAGAAAACCAGAUGAUGCCGGAGGUUGCAGCUCUGGUUCAGUGGCUGGAAAUAACAAAAGCACAGAGUCGUUAUGGGUUCAUGCACCAGCUUAACACGGGAACACGUCACACAGCUUUGGUUUAGUUUGCUUUUACAUUGUUCUUUAAAGCAGCUCCAUGUGCUGUAUUUAUUUCAUUUUCUGGGUCGUCGAGUUCUCAAAAUGUAGAUUUUGAUGAUCCAGGGUCACAGUGUUGUAUGUUUUCUGUAGGAAAUAUUACAGUCAAACUUUGUCAGAAAUCUCUUGGGUUUGUUGACACCAAAACAUUCAGGCCUUGAUGUGAUUUUAUUGUAGCGUGUGCAUCAUGUGUACUUUGACCCACCACGCGACCUGAAACAAAAAGUUCAUUUGAUGGGGAAAGUUGCCCAAAGACCAACUUUUCUUUUCCAGUUUUAUUUUCAUCAGAAGCAUCGAUUUGUCCGGUCAAGCGAGCAGACCUCCAGCACGAUCAUUAACCAGCUUUUCUUUUCUCUUUUCUACCUUCCUGUUGCACUAGCGUACGAAUCAGAGUCCUCAGUCCUCAGACGGGACCUGACCAAUCUGCCAGUAAAAGACUGAACCUGUUGAGAAGUGAAAACCUUGUGAGCUCACCAGGUGAAACGGCACUUCUGUGUAGAACAUGUAUUAUAAGAUUUGAUAGUUAGUUUUCAGAUGAGAUUAUUUUUAUACUCUCCCGUAGAACAAGGCUGCUGUCCUCGCAGUGAGCUGUGAAAUGUGUUAAUGUGCUGGAUGCCAUCACUGUGAGCAAGUUACUCAGCUUGUAGUCGCUCAGACUGCUGCAGGGUUCAGGCAGACAAUCUUCUUCAGCUGAGCGUCGGCAGAGGCUGAAAUCACGUUCAGGCGAGAACUGUGAACUGACAUAUAAAGAUGGCCGACGCUUCCCCCCGCUGCGCAAAAGUGAAGCCAAAACAUCCCUCAUGCGAGUGCUGCCAUCUUGUUCUGGUGAUGUCCUUUGAAGCCAGAGUCUGUGCAGUAAUGAUAGGGAGGUGGAGCCGCGGUAUUGACUUCCUGCCCGCACACCCGUCUGAGCCAAUCAGGACAAACCAAUGACAGAAACCAUCUUUGGGAAAAUUUAUUUGAUGUGUACUUUUUAGUUUGGCUCAGUUCCCAUCUGCUAACAUGGAGGGGGAGGGGCUUAUGAGCUGUACUGCAGCCAGCCACCGGGGGGGGCUCUUUUGUUGGCCAUCUUUAUACACACUCAGCAGUUGAGUCGAGGUCAAGCUGUGGAGGAGGCACGAAACAGUGAAGUUUUGGGGUC